ACUAUCUGACGUGACCUUUCACCCAAUAGCAUUGAAGUAAACACUGAAGAACUCAAGACCAGCAUGGACGACAAUUUUACCCUGUUCCGUCCUUGAACCCAGACACCUAUAUGAAGGAAGAUUAGGGCUGUUGGGAAUAGUGCAAUUUACCCCGCACAGUAGAUUAGCUAUGGUAGCUAACGCUUUAUUGGUUUGAGAUACAUUAUGGUAGCUAACGCUAUGCUAUAGUGGUUCAAGAUCACAGCGCUGAUGAUCAACAGAUACUCAUCUGCAAGGCGCACCGUGUACACUGGAAGUCAUUGAUUGACGUGCGUUCAAACCACAGCCACUAAUCGUGCACACAUGUGACAUGUUAAGACUUUGUCACAACGGCUACCGCUGUCUUGCAGCAUCGUGUUAAUAAGUCUCCAGGUGAAUGCGUUUCGCGUCUUCCAGGAACCACGAGAAAGACCGAACAGCCUAAUAGUGACACACACACAUACACGAGUCCGACAUGGACGUUGCUCUGCGAAGAGGUUGGAGUCUUACGACCGCCUUCCCUUUCAUGAUCUCUCGUAGAACUUUGUCGUUGUUUUGGAGAUGUGGCGCCGGUACACCCUGGCCGCCAGCUCCCACAGGGCGACGGGGGGCAGCGGCGCCCCGCCGACACGCACACUCCGGGGCGAGCGAGGGCACGGAGCGGUCUCCCGGUGCAGCCCCGGAGAGACUACCCUUUUCACGGUUGUCUCAGGAGGAUUUGGCGUUCUUCAGGGAAACACUCCCGGGCGGAGCCAUCACGGAUCCAGACUUACUGGAGGCCCACAACGUAGAUUGGCUCAAAUCCGUUAGAGGUCACGGUGAACUGUUGCUCAGACCUCAGACCACGGCGCAAGUAUCUGAAAUACUGAGAUACUGUAACGACCGCAACCUGGCGGUGAAUCCCCAGGGGGGCAACACGGGUCUGGUGGGAGGCAGCGUCCCCGUCUAUGAUGAGAUCAUCCUCUCCACAGCGUUACUGAACAACAUCCUGACCUUUGACCCCGUCUCCGGUAUCCUGACGUGCCAGGCGGGCUGUGUGUUGGAGGGUCUCUCGGGUUACCUGGAGGAGCAGGACUUCAUCAUGCCCCUGGACCUGGGCGCGAAGGGCAGCUGUCACAUCGGGGGCAACGUGGCCACCAACGCCGGGGGGCUCCGCCUGCUGCGCUACGGCUCCCUGCGGGGGACGGUGCUGGGCCUGGAAGUGGUGCUGGCAGACGGCCGGGUGCUGGACUGUCUGUCCACUCUGAGGAAGGACAACACAGGAUAUGACCUCAAGCAGCUGUUCAUCGGUUCGGAGGGCACGCUGGGCGUCAUCACCGCCGUGUCCGUCCUGUGUCCGCGGAAACCCAGCGCCGUCCACGUGGCCUUCCUGGGCUGCCAGACCUUUGAGCAGCUGCUGGGAACCUUCAAGCUCUGCAAAGGCAUGCUGGGAGAGAUCCUGUCAGCCUUUGAAUUCCUGGACGCAGCGUGCAUGGGGCUGCUGAACACACACCUGAAACUGCCCAACCCCAUCACAGACUGCCCCUUCUACAUCGUCAUAGAGACGUCGGGGUCCAACUCCGCCCACGACGAGGAGAAGCUCCACAACUUCCUGGAGGAGGCCAUGACCUCAUCGCUGGUCACUGACGGGACGGUGGCGAGCGACGACACGAAGGUCAAGGCGCUGUGGUCGAUGCGUGAGCGCGUGACGGAGGCCCUGACCCACGACGGCUACACCUACAAGUACGACGUGUCGCUCCCCGUGGAGGGCCUCUACCAGCUGGUCACGGCCACCCGGGACCACCUGGGGAGCCGAGCCAAGAACGUGGUGGGCUACGGACACGUGGGCGACGGUAACCUCCACCUGAACAUCACCUCGCCGGGGCCGGACCCCUCCCUGCAGGGGGCCAUCGAGCCCUUCGUGUACGGCUGGACGGCAGGGGUCCGGGGCAGCGUGAGCGCCGAGCACGGCCUGGGCCUGAAGAAGAGGAACUACAUCUACUACAGCAAGCCCCGACCCGCCGUGGCCCUCAUGGGACACAUCAAGACCCUGAUGGACCCCCGGGGAAUCCUCAACCCCUACAAGACCCUCCCCGACGACCUGGACUGAGGGGGGCUGUCUGCUGGGGGGUGGGGGGGGCUGGAUGACGAGGGUCAUGUGUGUACACGGAGGUGCAGACAUAUCUGUAUUCAUGUGGUAUGCAUUUGCCAUAUUGAAGACUUGAUUGUAUUUACUGGGUUCAGUGUGUGUGUGUGUGUGUGGGUGGGUGAUGGCUGGUUUAAGCAGCCUCGCCUGGCCCAGUCUGUUUGGACUCUUGGGCUGGGUGAGGCUGCAGACCUGUUGCACGUUGAGUAAUCAGUGUGAAACUUGUUUAAACCCGCCGCCGCCUGCACACAAACACGCACUCAAGGUGGAGCUCUCCUGCAUGGCAGUGGAGCACCAGGUCAUGGUCAUUUACUGCAACUUCUACCAUGAACCUGAUUUCAACACCAACGCCCUGCUGUUUCCAGGAGCUCAGAAAGGCCAACUAGGUGCAGCGACCUUGUAAGGAGGAAGGGUUUUAAGGUGCAAUCAAUUGUAUGUAUUUUUACAGACACUCCAAAUUGUAGCUUGAUCUGUUCCCCUCAAGAUUAUAAUCAUUUGUGAAUCCAUAGCUCAUCGACUGUAGAUCAAGGUGGAGUUGUAAUCCGUUUGUACUACCUCUACUAGAGCCGAUGGUUUAACCAUCGUGACGGCUUUAGAAACCUGAAAGUGUGCAACAACAUGUAACAGUGCAGUAAAUGUUUUAUUACAUAUAAAAAAAAAGUCAAAGCAACAACACAGCGGACGUCUUGUGAACUUUAUCUGGAAGCCGUCGGUGUGAACGUCGGGUAGAGCGGGGUCGUCUGGAGACCACGCCCGUACUGCAAGGCAUGAUGGGAGAAAAGGGACGCGGGCGACAGGUGCCCUGACGGACAUAUUCUCCUUUCCUGGCUCCUCACCUCCUGUUCCCUCGGCAGUAGACGGCAGGAAACAUACAUAGCAGCUCUUGGUAAUGAUGUGACGGAUGAUUUCUAUAUCAUUAUACUGUUAAUAUAAUAACUAUAAUAAUAAUAGUAUUUUGCCGGUCCUUCCAUCCACUAGACCGCCCAGAGAAGCAGAGAUCUGUACAUGGCGUCUCUUCCAAAUCGGCCAACGUGUUCAGUGCGUGUUUCCCUACUUUACGACUUCAUUAUUUAUAGCUAAUUAAUAGCUCGAUGUAGAGUAUUCCCAAGUGUACAGUCCCUUAAACACAGGCAACAAACCAGGAGUACAUAUCAGUAGUGUGCUGCUAGUAGUAGUAUACGUAGUACAUAAACAUAUUUCAAAAUUGUACUUUGAUUCUGGUGUGUGUGUGUGUGUGUGUGUUCGAUAAGGCUAAAACAGUUGACCUGAUUGUCUUUGA